AUGGUCGCACCCCGGGGAGCACGCACUUUCAUGCGCAAUUGGUUUGCCAUCGAGGUACAUUUCCCAUACUACGCCGUUAUUGGUUUGGCCGUCGGUGGUGCAGGCUGGUAUUUAACCCGCCUCGCUCGUGGUCCUACGGUCGUUUGGACGAAGAGUAACCCAACUCCCUGGAACGACGUCAAACAAGAUGAAAACACCAAAAUUUUGGAUGUCAACUCGAGGUUUGCAAAGAGCUGGUCGAGGGAAAAACUAUAA